AUGGCCGCCCGCUCCGCAAGCCCAAUCCACUACCUACAACUAAACGCGGCAGGCCAAAAGUUCUGGCUCGGCGGCACCACAGCCAGCUACUGCCCAAGCCAAGUAAAGGACUGCCCAGCCGGCAACCAAACCGUCUUCGCGCCAGGCGGCACAUCAAUGGACACAGAAGUACCCGGCGGACAGCAGGUGUACAUCGACCCGAACGGCGCGUUGAGCUUCACUCAGGCUCAUUCUGCCAAUAUCCCCGCUGGGUCUUCGUACGGGCCGUUUGUUGGAUUUAUGGCUUGUCCUACUGAGGAUAACCGUUGGCAGGUUUUUGGGGCUUUGGCUAAUGCUACUGUCCCUAAGGGGGAUGUUAAUGAGUGUCUUGGAUUUUCGGCUAUGGCGAUUACUUAUGAGGGGAUGUUCCUGCGUGGCAGUAUAUCUAGAUCCUGA